GCGAAGGGCCCCGAAGAGCCGGGAGAUUACCGGGCGGGUACGAGCUGACGCGUUGGUUUCUAGUGGAGGAGCGGGACCCGGAACAGACCGGCGCGAGCUAGGAGGGGCCUUAGCCCCGGAUUCGCGGCCCGGAGCUCGGGACCGGAGAAGUCCCCACAAGUGAACGGAGACCCCUCUGAGCUAAGGGCACCAUGGCCACAUCAGCCCCUCUGCGGAGCCUAGAAGAAGAGGUGACCUGCUCCAUCUGCCUUGAUUACCUGCGAGAUCCUGUGACCAUUGACUGCGGCCACGUCUUCUGCCGGAGCUGCACCACUGAUGUUCGCCCUGUCUCAGGGGGCCGCCCUGUGUGCCCACUCUGUAAGAAGCCCUUUAAGAAGGAGAACAUCCGACCUGUGUGGCAGCUGGCCAGCUUGGUGGAGAACAUCGAGCGGCUGAAGGUAGACAAGGGCAGGCAGCCGGGAGAAGUGGCCCGGGAGCAACAGGAUGUGAAGUUGUGUGAGCGGCACCGGGAGAAGCUGCAUUACUACUGCGAGGAUGAUGGGAAGCUAUUGUGUGUGAUAUGCCGGGAGUCCCGGGAACACAGGCCUCACACAGCCGUGCUGAUGGAGAAGGCUGCCCAGCCCCACAGGGAAAAAAUCCUUAACCACCUGAGUACCUUAAGAAGAGACAGAGAAAAAAUUCAGGGCUUUCAGGCCAAGGGAGAAGCUGAUAUCCUGGCUGCACUGAAGAAGCUCCAGGAUCAGAGGCAGUGCAUCGUGGCUGAGUUCGAGCAGGGCCAUCAGUUCCUGAGGGAGCGGGAGCAGCAUCUGCUGGACCAGUUGACAAAGCUGGAGCAGGAGCUCACAGAGGGCAGUGAGAAGUUCAAGACCCGGGGCGUCGGGGAGCUUGCUCGGCUGACGCUGGUCAUCUCCGAACUGGAGGGCAAGGCGCAGCAACCUGCUGCAGAGCUCAUGCAGAAUGUCAGCUCUAUGAAGGAGGACACUAGAGACUUCCUAAUCAGGUAUCCACGGAAGAAGUUCUGGAUUGGGAAACCCAUCACUCGAGUAGUUAAAAAAAGGACAGGAGAAUUCUCAGAUAAAGUCCUCUCCCUGCAGCGAGGCCUGAGAGAAUUCCAAGGGAAGCUGCUGAGAGACUUGGAAUAUAAGACAGUGAGUGUCACCCUGGACCCACAGUCGGCCAGUGGGUACCUGCAGCUGUCAGAGGACUGGAAGUGUGUGACCUACACCAGCCUGUACAAGAGUGCCUACCUGCACCCCCAGCAAUUUGACUGUGAGCCAGGUGUGCUGGGCAGCAAGGGCUUCACCUGGGGCAAAGUCUACUGGGAAGUGGAGGUGGAGAGGGAGGGCUGGUCUGAAGAUGAAGAGGAGGGGGAUGAGGAGGAAGAAGGGGAAGAGGAGGAGGAGGAAGAGGAGGCUGGCUAUGGGGAUGGAUACGAUGACUGGGAAACAGACGAGGAUGAGGAGUCAUUGGGUGAUGAAGAGGAGGAAGAAGAAGAGGAAGAGGAUGACAUUCUGGAAAGCUGCAUGGUGGGGGUGGCCAGAGACUCUGUGAAGAGAAAGGGAGACCUCUCCCUGCGGCCGGAGGAUGGGGUGUGGGCUCUGCGCCUCUCCUCCUCUGGUAUCUGGGCCAACACCAACCCUGAGGCUGAGCUCUUCCCUGCACUGCGGCCCCGGAGAGUGGGCAUUGCCCUGGAUUAUGAAGGGGGGACUGUAACUUUCACCAAUGCAGAGUCACAGGAACUCAUCUAUACUUUCACUGCCACCUUCACCCGUCGCCUGGUCCCCUUCCUGUGGCUCAAGUGGCCAGGAACGCGCCUCCUGCUGAGACCUUAAGCUCCAACAACUGCCCCAGCCUCACAUUCACAGAUGCUUCACUUAUCUGGAAUUCCAGAUCUCUCUGACUAGGAGAAAGGGGUCCCUGGCCUGAGCACCUGGAACAGGUGGGAGGAGGGACCCCAUAUCCACUGACGGUCAUCUCCCCAUUGCUGUGACCCAGAGACCUCACUCAGUGCUGUUGCUCUAAUUGGACUCUUUUCCCACCUGCUGAUUUCCUGUCGGAACUUCUGACUCUAGAGACAAUGAGGGCUUUUUCCCUAUA